AUGUCGACAAACCUUCAGCGGCACGUUGUGUUUUGCUUCCUUCUAGAACAAAUUCAAUUGUACAACCACAUUCACCAUACCUCGACGAAACCUAAGUUUUCCACUAUAUCGCUCCUCACCAUGAAGAAGUUCGGCUUCGGCAAGAAAGGCGGCGACGAAGGCGACGAUGCCAAUCGCUCCGCUCUCUUCGGCCGAAAGAGCAAGUCUCCUGCUCCGGGCAACGACAACCCCUACGCACAAGCUCCGGCUGGCGGCGAUCCCUACGCCCAGGACGCGAAUAAGUACGCCGGCAUGACGCCCUAUCAACGAGCACGAGUCGGUGCGCCCAUUAAUGGCGGUGCCCCUGGUGGCCUUCCUGGCGGCCCUCGGGGCGGUGCUGGGUACGGUGCCCCGCCACAGCCUGCCGGUGGCUACGGGAACGAAAAGUACGGCGCCGCAGGAGGAUACGGGGCGAAUCGCUACGACGAUAACCAAAACGCCUAUGGCGCAAAUCAGCGAUCGGGUGCUAAUGGUGGAGCUCGCGGACCAGGGGGCUACGGAGGUUUGGGCCGAACCAACAGUGACAGCACCGAUGCUGUGCGCGAUGAGCUUUUCAGCGGGGCUCAAGACAGAUAUCAGCAGAACAAGCCGCAGGCUGGAGGGUACGGCCAAUCGACUCCGUCUGGCGCUGAUGGGGGAUACGGUGGGUAUGGAGCCCCUCGUGAGCUCACAGCCGAAGAGCAAGAGGCGGAGGAAUACCGCGCGACUAAGGCUCAAAUCAAGGAGGUCAGAAAUGAUUCCGUUCAGACCACCCAAAGAAUGCGUCAGAAUGCGAGCAAUAUUGAAGACGUAGCCAAUGCGACACUCGCCCGCCUUGCUGCUCAAGGCGAGCGUCUGCACAACACAGAAAGGAACAUGGAUAUAGCGGCAAACCACAACAAGAAGGCGGAAGAGGGUGCCAAGGAGCUGAAGACCGCCAACGGAAGCAUGUUUGCAGUUCACAUCGCCAACCCAUUCACAUCUAAGAAGCGUGCGGCAGAACGAGAUGCGGCGAUUCUCGACCGACACCGCCAAGAGCGCGAAAUUCGCGAGACAACCAGACACGAGGCUUUCAAGUCCAAUCAGCGAAUGGAAGAUACCUUUAGGGAGAUGUCGUUGUCCGGUCGUCCUCAAAAGGGGGCGGAGCAACGCAAGCCAGCAGGGAAGGACCGAUACAAAUUACCUGGUAGUGAUGAUGAAGAAAAUGCCGAGGAAGACGAGGCAGAGAGGACGAUCGAUGACAAUAUCAACGCUAUUUCCGGCUCCGCUGCGCGUUUUGGCUUGGCAGCCCGCGCUCUAGGAAAAGAGAUCGAUGAACAGAAUGUUCUCAUCGACAACAUUGCCAAAAAGAGCGAUGCUGUGGACGACGGAGUCAGGAUGAACAGAGAGCGUCUGAAUCGCAUCAGGUGA